AUGAUCGCUUUAAUUCUAGUUUUAGAAGACAUUCGUUUCAGUAAGAAGGUUUUCGAAUUCCAUGUUCUACGAAAUGUGACCGAAAUUCCAAAUGAAAUUCUUGGGCAUCUUACACUGGAUGGAAGAACUAUUGAUGAAGUGAAUGAAUGUGGUGGUCAGAUUUAUUUCGUCCUUGAAGCAAAGACAGAUAGUAUAUUUUUGCCUUUCUAUGUGGAAAAUAGAACAGGUUUCAUUCGUUCCAAAGGUCUCGAAAAUACCUGGAUAAAUCAUUCAUCUUUGAAAUUAUCAGUUAACGUAAAACUGUUUAUUACUCCUGAUAAGGAAAUGGAUGCAUCACAAGUUAUCGUGUUUUGGAAUUCCUCUCCUUCAACGGUGUCCAAAAGAAGUACCAAUCCGGUCGGAAAUGACCUACGAAUAACAACCAGUUAUUCAAAAACCACUGCCUGGUGUAUCGGUGAAUUCAUUAUACUGACUGUUCAGCUUGGUUUACCUUCUGGAACUACUUCGAUAGCUGUGAAAAUGUCUGCUCCUACCUACAAUUCUGCAUUCUACGGUUUUACAGAAUUCAUUGGUAUCUCUGACAUUGGCGCACGAAUUCUUAAUAGAAAUUUCACCGUCAAUGUGAUGAAUGUUACAGGAAAUAGUACUUCUGAUCGUAAAACUGUCACUACAACUGUUAGCCUAUCAGAUCUCAUAGUAGAUGAUAUACCAAAUUAUACAGAGGAAUAUACACUGGCAAUACAAUUCAUUGUUGGUUUAUGGCCUCAGAGUUCAACAAUACAAGGAAAAUUGGUUAAUACGCAAUGUGAUGUUUAUAGGGAUAAUUUAACACAGACUAAUGUUACCACGAAUACAGUCGGUAGUGCAUGUCCUGUUUCUUCACCAGAUAUAACAAUUUUAUCAAAUAUUGCUUAUAUUGUACCAGGAGAUAUAGUACUUUUUGAAGCUGAAGUACUUCUGGUAUCUGAGAUGGGAAAUUAUAUGUUUUCCGUAUACACAAUUGGUCAAUCAGCUACCAUCAGCAACUUUAACAUUACGCUAAAAAAAGGGAUGAGCUACACACAAGGACCUGGAACAAGGCAGUAUAAAGAUGGAGUAUUGAAGAAAUGUGUUCUUUCGAAGCAGAUCGAUAUCGAUAUCAUUGGACUGAAAAGUAUAUAUGCAAUGGCAUUAUCUUUACCAAAAUCAGAUCGUUCGGUCAGACUUGUUGCCUACAUUCAAACCACAUCGUUUGCUUCAACAAGAGCUAUUCUCGGAUUUAGAAUGCGUCAUUCUGUAACAAGUGUUCUUUUCCAAGAGGUUCAAGUGCCUAUUAUUGCUGACUAUAGAAAUUUCAAAACUGUAUUACAACCGUCGAUGGAUUUAUCUAUGGACCCGAACCCAGUCGAAGUUGAAAAGUUUGCUGAAGUUCAGGUGACUGUAAACAUUCCGCCUGCAUCUAAGCAAUUGUAUGCGUUUGAAGUAAGUUUAACACGAGCCAUUCUGGGUGAAAUAUGUUACGCAAGCGUUACUGAAGUAGGAUCAGGAAUCACAACACGAAUACCAGGAAUGAGAUUACACGUGGAGUAUGAAAUGCAAAAGCUGACAUUACUUCGAACACUUGCAACAGUGCAUAUUGGAGUAUUAGAAAAUCCAACAAAUAGUAGCCAAGAUUAUUAUAUUGUAUUCAAAAUCGUAGUGAAGGCACGUUCAGAUCCAGCUUAUCCAACUGUUACUGAUACUCAAAUUGAUACAAGAUAUCUUAUCAUGGGAUCAUCUCGGAGACAAGAUUCUAUUAUAUUUUCGAUUAUCAACACAGCUAUUCCACCAAUUACGGCAGUUAAUUCCCCUCAAAUAAAUAUUUACAGAUCAGAGCCACUACAAACAGAACCAAUGGAUACAUAUCAAGCAAUAGUAAAUGCAGAGAUCAGUUGGUCUGAACAGGUUAUCUAUAGUCCAAUAAAGUUUACACUUUCAAUUACGGGCUCCAGUUCGACUGUAUUGGAACAAAAAUUUAUUUCCAUCGGAAGGUCACUACCUACUUUAGUUCCUAUCAACGCAAACAUGUCGAUUGUAAACAAUAUUGCAGUUAUCGAAUUCCCUUCAAUUUAUGUUGAUUCUACAUCGAAUAACUAUGAUGCCAAACUAACUCUUUGGUAUGCAAUCAAGAUCAUUGGAACAGCAAAAUUUUCAGCAAAAUUGGAUGUAUCUAUUGGAGCUUAUUUAGUCAGUGGUCAGGUUGCUUUUUCACCGAUUGCACUUUCAGCUCCUCCACAACUGACCAAGUCCAUGAAUGUGUCCACAGUUAGUAGUACAAGUAAUGAUGAAAGUCCGUUUGUAAAACAGACGUAUUCACUUGUUUUACACAAACAAUGUGAGAAUGAAAUGCAACCAAUAAGAUCACUGGACAGACACGAAAAAUUACCAACCAAGUUCCUUAUUUGUAAUGCACUUUCUAAAGCCUGA